AUGCAGUUCACCUCAUUUGUUGCCCUUCUGGCUGGCGCGUCGACCGUCUACGCCCACGGUGUUAUCCUUGCGGCCGAGGGCGACUCGGGCAAGAGCCAAGGCUUCCUGGUCAACGAAAACGUUGCAAGAAACUGCACCGAGAUCAACCCCUGCCAGCAGGACAGCGUCAUCAUUCGCGAUGCCGAGAUCACGCAGAACAUUGUGAACGGCUGCGGGCGCACCGAGCUCAACGGCAACAUCGACAUUGGCGAGCAGACUGAGAAUGAGCUGGCAGCCAACCGCAUGACCCAAGUCUCCAAGGGCUCGUCGGUCGCAGUCACCAUCCACCAGGUGAACGCCGAUGGCGCCGGUCCCUACGAGUGUGAUCUGGAUGAGUCGAGCAACGCCGGCACCUUCCAGAAGCUCGAGGUCUCCAACAAUGUGCCGGGCGAGAACGGUCUGUCGGAUGCCAAGUUCAAGGACUUCACCAUCAACGUUCAGCUGCCUGAUAACCUGAACUGCACUGGCGCAUCCACCGGCAACAUCUGCACCGUCCGCUGCCGCAACAACGCCCUUGCUGGCCCCUUUGGUGGCUGCUUUGCCGUUCAGCAGACCGACACCGAAGGUCGCCCCCAGAACCAAGCAGCUAGCGAGAUUGAGACCGCUCAGACCCUCGAUGGUAUUUCCAAGCAGAUCCAGGUCAAUCAGGCCGACUUCAAAACCGCGAUCGAGGCUAACAAGGCGGCCGGCGCUGCUGGCGGUGGUGCGGGCGCCGCCGCGGCUGAGGCCUUGAUCAACGGUACAGAAAACGCAGGUGCUGCAGCGAGUGCUGCCGCUGCCGCUAACAAUGGAAACAACAACCAAAACAACAACAACGACAACGACAACCAGAACAACGGCAACAACAACAACCAGAACAGCAACAACAACAACAACAACCAAAACACCAACAACAACAACAACAACAACAACCAGAACCAGAACAACAAUGGUAAUGGUGGCAACAACAACCGCAACGGUGGCAACAACAACAACGGUGGAUUCCGCAACGGCUUCGGUAACUUCUUUGGGAACAACAAGGCCAAGAGGCAGGUCCUUCGCAAGCGACUGGCUCUUCCGUUCCUCUCCUAA